AUGUCUUCUUGUGCAGCGCUUUCAAGAGCUGCUGAUAAUGUGUGGUUUCAACUGGCACAUGGCAAGUCAUUUUCUGCUCCAGGAGAGGCAGAGGUGGAACUUGCUUGUCUUCAAUCUUGCAGACUCAUCAAUGCUGUCAUAAUGCCAUACAACAAUGCACUAUUGUUUGGCAUGACCCAUGUUGUCCACAGGUUUGAAGACAUGCAAGUUUACUCCUCAGAAGCCAUAGAAGAUUUUGCCGGCCCUGAAUGGGGGGACCUCCAUUUGAUCACACUGAUGGGUAGUAUAGAUGAUGAUACAGGUUGCCAGUGGUGCAGUGUGGAUGUUGCCUGUCAGUUAGUACACUAUGGCUUUGGAAGGACCCUCUUCCAAGCUGCUAUCAUGCUCCAAUUUGUCGAGUUUAUGGAGUUUGUCACCAAGUGGCAUAAUGAUGUCUGUGAAGUGUUGAGGACAGACCUCAGCACCUCCUUGGAUCCUAAUCUCACCUCCCUGGCAGCAUUCUGCUCACAGUGUCUCAGCUGGUCACUGGAUACCAUCCAGUCAAGAUUGAUUGAUGCUUUUGCUGGUGCAGCUAUGCAUGCACUUCUAUGGCUCCCAGGUAACAUUGAUGGUGAAGAGCUGCAACAUGGCCUUCAGGUCAUAAGCUACUUCAACAAGCCACUGCCCACCUAUAGGCUCUCUGUGCUGAGUUGGCCCCUAGCAAUGCCAGUGGACAUGGAUCAGUCACCACUGGGUGAGGAUGCUAAUGAUGAUGCAUUCUAUGAAAUAGAAGUCCCAACAGUCAUGUUGGAGCACUUAAGGCCUGACUUAGUACAAGACCCUAUCCAUCCAUCCUCCCAGUUGUCUCAUGUGCAGUUGGUGGAUGAGGAUGCUGGUCAUCAGCCAUUUGAGUCCAUAGUUAACCUGGUUGCAUUGUCUCCUGAAGCUGGAGUGAUCAACCUGACAGGUGGUGAGGAGACACAAACUGGCAUUGUUGAUCUCAUGAGUGAGGACUAG